AUGAACUACAAUUCGCGAUUGCUUAGAGGAUUAGAACUCCAGGGAGGGAAGAUCCUUACAGGUGGUUCCAUCAUAGAGUCUGAAGGGAACUUUGUGCAGCCCACAAUAGUUGAAAUUUCUUCAAAUGCCGAUGUUGUAAAAGAAGAGUUGUUUGGUCCAGUCCUUUAUGUUAUGAAAUUUCAGACUCUCAAGGAAGCAAUUGAAAUAAAUAACUCUGUACCUCAAGGAUUAAGUAGUUCUAUCUUCACUCGUAUGCCUGAAGUAAUUUUCAAAUGGAUUGGGCCUCAAGGAAGUGACUGUGGUAUAGUGAAUGUAAAUAUACCAACCAAUGGUGCUGAAAUUGGUGGUGCUUUUGGUGGUGAAAAGGCUACAGGGGGUGGCCGUGAGGCUGGAAGUGACUCUUGGAAACAGUAUAUGAGACGUGCAACUUGGUAACUCCUGUUUGAUUCUGUGUUGCAGUUUUCUUUUCACAUGGCUGACUCGAUUCACUUCUUUUUAUAUACACACUAGCGGUGACUACGAUGCACAUUACUUUCAAACAUUCUCCGCCACCAUCCCCACCCUAUUAUUGAACAACUACAUGCUUGUUUGAUUUUCUUAAAAAAAAAUUAAAUGUGAAUUAGGUAACAAAGAUAAUGAAAAACUUAAAUUUAAAGUAAGAUGGAGGGAUUAUUUAGGUAAGCCACAUGGAAGG